UGUGGCCCGGCCACUUUGCUUAGAGGAUUAUCUAGGGCAAAAGGACUUUGAAAUUUUCAAUGGCAUCUUUCAGGAAUAUAUUACGCGUGAUCUAAAUUACAGGAAUUCGAAUCGAAAGAAAACAAAAGAGACAGAAAGCUCCUGCCUUUUUCAUUUCCGAUAAUAAAUUAAAAAUCAGCUCGAAGCGCAUAUGGGGGAAUUCUGACAGACAGCACAGGCUAUCCACACCCUGCCUCGCCGCGGCGCCAUAGCUGGUGGAAUUUCUCGGCGGUGCCUUUUCUUUUUCGCCCUAGAUUGUUUGUUUUAGGGUUGGAUUCGGGUGCUCUGUUUCGCGGCAAGUUUGGGGAUUUUGAUUUUAAUACUUGUGUUGUUAAUUUUGGUUGAUCUAUGGAGGAGAGUUUUUUGUGCCAGUGGAGUACAAUUCGAUCUGUGCUGGCUAUAAUCCAGUGGUGGGGUUUCAAUGUCACUGUUAUCAUCAUGAACAAAUGGAUCUUUCAGAAACUGGAUUUCAAGUUCCCGCUAUCAGUUUCUUGUAUUCAUUUCAUUUCGUCGUCCAUUGGUGCUUAUUUAGCGAUUAAGGUGCUGAAAGUGAAGCCUCUUAUUCACGUCGAUCCUGAAGAUCGCUGGCGCCGGAUUUUCCCCAUGUCGUUUAUAUUCUGUUUGAACAUAGUUUUGGGAAAUGUUAGCCUCCGGUACAUUCCUGUUUCCUUUAUGCAAACCAUUAAGUCUUUCACCCCUGCGACGACUGUUUUCUUGCAGUGGCUGAUCUGGAAAAAGUAUUUCGACUGGCGAAUUUGGGCUUCUCUGGUGCCAAUUGUUGGCGGCAUUCUGCUCACGUCCGUCACGGAGCUUAGUUUCAACCUGCUCGGGUUCUGCGCUGCCUUGUUUGGCUGUCUUGCAACUUCGACUAAAACCAUUUUAGCCGAGUCUUUGUUGCACGGUUACAAAUUCGACAGCAUAAACACGGUGUUCUACAUGGCGCCGUUUGCGACGAUGAUUUUGGCAGUACCGGCGUUGCUGCUCGAGGGGCCGGGAGUCGUGGCGUGGAUUUACACAUGCCCGUCGCUUUUUUCGUCCCUCGUAAUCAUCUUCGGGUCGGGGGUGCUCGCCUUUUGUCUCAACUUCUCUAUCUUCUACGUCAUCCACUCCACAACAGCGGUGACCUUCAAUGUCGCAGGAAAUCUCAAGGUUGCAGUCGCGGUGACGUGCUCGUGGCUCAUCUUCCGCAACCCGAUCUCGAUAAUGAAUGCGUUCGGAUGCUCGGUAACCCUCGUAGGGUGCACGUUCUACGGAUACAUCCGGCACAUGCUGUCGAAUCAAAUGCCGGGCACACCACGAACCCCUCGUGGCGUGACGAUGGAGUCAAUCCCGCUGGUGAACGAUAAACUCGACGACAAAGUCUAGCCAAAGCCAAAAAGUCGUGUAAAUCAUUACAAAGACAAAAAUUUCUUCUAGCCUUUGUCUCUCUCGAAUGCAAUAUUAUUACUGCAAUGAAUCUCUAUUCUAUUC